AGGAAAAACAUCUAGAUGGCUGGGACAUACUCCGUAAGCAUAUGUAGAUGAGUGCGUCGUGAUUUCUUGCAGCUGGAUUGAAUCUGGAAAUGCCAACGAGUGCAUACCAAUAAAUAGAAACGUCAACGAUUCAACCAGUCAUGCACUUGUCUCUAGCAGGAGGGCCUCUGCUCCUCAUUCUCGCCAUCAGUGGGGCCGUGGCUGAGGAGGUUCUGCCUCCAACCAUCCAGAAGCUGAUGAAGGGCUACAACAAGUACCUCCGGCCCUUCUUUGGCGAUGGCCCCGUCACUGUCGGGAUGAGUCUGGACAUCGCCAGCAUUGACACCAUAUCAGAGAUCAACAUGGACUACACCGCCACCAUCUUCCUGCGCCAGCGCUGGACGGACGAGCGCCUGGUCUUCGAGGGCAACAAGAGCCUCAGCCUGGACGGCCGGCUGGUGGAGCUGCUCUGGGUGCCCGACACCUUCAUCGUGGACUCCAAGAAGUCCUUCCUGCACGACAUCACCGUGGAGAACCGCCUCAUCCGCAUCUUCCCCAACGGAACCGUGCUCUACGCCCUCCGGAUCACGACAACAGUGGCCUGCAACAUGGACCUGACCAAGUACCCCAUGGACAGACAGACCUGUACCCUGCAGCUGGAGAGCUGGGGCUACAACGUGAAAGACGUUGUGUUCUACUGGACCCGUGGGAACCAGUCUGUGAGCGGACUGGACACUCUGCAACUGGCCCAGUACACCCUGGAGGACUACUACACUUCAGAGUCUGAGGCGGUUUAUGAGACUGGUAACUACCCCAAGUUGAUCUUCCACUUCCGUCUGAAGCGUAGCAUCCUCUACUUCAUCCUGGAGACAUAUGUGCCCUCCAGUGCCCUGGUGGUCCUCUCCUGGGUCUCCUUCUGGAUCAGCCAGUCCUCAGUGCCAGCACGUAUCUGUAUUGGUGUAACCACGGUGCUCACCAUGACGACGCUGAUGAUGGGCGCCCGCACCUCGCUGCCCAACGCCAACUGCUUCAUCAAGGCCAUCGACGUCUACCUGGGCAUCUGCUUCAGCUUCAUCUUCGGCGCGCUCAUCGAGUACGCCGUGGCCCACUUCUGCACCUUGCACCAGCCCAACGCCGCCCACGCCUACAUGUAUGGGCAGGAGAUGCAGGAGCGCGAGGACGAGAUGAACGGCAUCGUCACCUCCAUCGGCGGCAGCCACGCCCUGCGGGCACGCAAACGCGAGGAGGUCCUCAGCCGCACGGCCAGCACCGGCAGCCCCACCCACAGCCUGCCCAAAGAUGGCGAGCUGGCGGGGAGCCCCAGCGCGGGCGGCGGCACGCCCUCCGACCAGCGGGGGCGCUGUGCGCGGACCAUGUCUAUGGUGGGGCGCGUGGCGCGCUUCCUGUACUGCUGCCACGUGGAGAACCCGCACUACAUCGACAACUACUCUCGCCUCUCCUUCCCGCUCUCCUUCGUCUUCAUCAACCUGCUCUACUGGACCUACUACUUGUACUUUUGAAACGGGGGCGGGGGGACUGCAGCAGGGCUUGCAGUGCAGUUGUGUGUACUGUAUGUGUAUGUGUGUGUGUGUGUGUGUGUGUGUGUGUGUGUGUGUGUGUGUGUGUUUCGACAGUCGUUUGUGAGUUAUAUAUGUAUUCCAUCACUUUCUGUAUGUAAUUAAUUUUUUGACACGUUUCGUUUAGAUUAGGAGUGUCAUAAUGCUUGUGAGUUCAGUUAGGUACUUGUGUGUAUGAAUGCAGUGUGUUUUAGAUUGAGGUUGUGGCGUGUGCUUGUCACCGAGUCAGUUCUGUUUAAGUGUGUAUGUGUGUGUGUGUGUGUGUGUGUGUGUGUGUAUAUCUGUGUGUGUGUGGGUGUGUGUUUGUGUGUUUGUAUGUCUGUGUUGGUGAUGGGAGAGUAUACCUCUAUACUGGGAUAAAGUGGCCUUUGUUUACCAGAGGAGCUUUACCAUUACAGAGAGAAACUAAACAGGAGCUCUACUCUGCAAUAACUCCAUCAAUAUGACAUAUAAAGAGAGGAGAUGACAACAUAGAAAUAGUGCUAUUCAUGGACCUGCACUAGACUAUGGUAUUAGCUUUGAAUGUAGUCAUGAAUUUUACAACCAGACAGCAAUAUUCAAAAGUACACCCAAUCCGCAAUAAACUAAAUCUGCAGUGUCAAACUAGGUUGCUUCCAAUAAGUUGAAUAUAGACUUGGAGAUAGUUCUUAUCGCGUCAUUCGAAGUUUUGAGGUCAUUGUGCAUUUAGAUAUCAUACUGGCAGCUGCCAAAUCAGGCAAUUGCAGGACCAAAGACAAAACUGAUUUGCUAUAUGGAUCAAACACAAAGUUUUAUUUUUUAACUUGGUUGGAUGACCAAAUUCGAAACUAUAAUUGAGCUGGAGGUUUUCUUUGUAUAUUUAGCACUUAUCUACAAGGUUGUGAUAUGGUUCGCUGGGCAGGCUUGCCUGAAUAGCUAUCUCUUUCUCUGUGUGCUUUUUAGUUACGUCACACACAAUUUUCUCUCUGUAAUUGAAGUCAGGAUGGUUAGAUACGUAAAUUGCAGACAGGAUGAGUUAAUCCUGUCCUUUUUUUCCAGGAAUCAGUUUGUGUCCUUAAUCUAUUUACAACAAUGCAUGCCUAAAUAUCCCGCCCUCUGUCAUUGUGUCGUAUUCCUUUGAAAUAAUCGUUGUUUGUCUUAUUGUUUAUGUCCAAUCAGAAAGCACUUUUCAAGAGAUAUUUAAGACUAUUAUGUCACCAGGUAUUCAAUGAGUUCAUUUGUUAUGCCUGCACGUGUUGUUUAUAUCCGACUAGACUACACGUUUUCACGGCCAUUCCUAAACAAACCCCUUGGAACUGUUCAUAGCAAGUAUUAAUUUAUGGGUGCAGAACAUUUUUUGGAGGGCAGCUAACAUUCUCAU